AUGGCGUUAGAGUCCGAGGGCCUCGAACCUGGACUCCCCGAGCAAGACACUGUCGAGUUACUAGGCGCGAAGGCUCGUGACAACCUUGAAUGUCAGGAAGGUCGACAGAACCUGCCUGGAGACGACCGAUUCAGUAGGCUGUGGGAUAAGCCGUACAAGAAGAUGGUUUUUCCACAAGGUGGCGAUUACGCGAAGGUGCGUCAAGAGUUGGAUGUGCAUAAACAAGUCGCCAAAGCUUUUGUGGGCAAUCGCAGUUUGGAGGAGCUUCGUGAAGCCUGGCUCAAGACUCCCCCUCGCAGCAGGAGCCGCCAGCUAGCGCACAUUCUACUCGGAUGCCUGGCUGACGGUGCUCGGAGAACACUCCUCAUGCUGUCCAUCCUCCCGGUGGUUCCUCGCGACUGGAGAACUCGAUGCGAUUGUCUUUGCUACUUGGACAUGGUCUAUCGUGGGGAGAUCGAUUCCGAUCAUCAUCUUCAAGAAUUGUUUGCAAAGCAAAUAGCUCUCGUCUCCCGUAUCUCGACCUGGCCUAGGGAGACAAUGCCGUUUCACUAUCUCGUUCUCCUCUUACGAUACAACGACGCCGAGCGAUCUGAAACCAUCAUAGACACCCUCUUCCAGAAUUACUCCCCCGUGCCACCACGACUGAUCUUAGUGAUGGUGGAUCACUUUACGAAGCUUGGUGACGCUGAUCGAGCCAUAGAACUCCUCUCAUGCAUCCCUCCAGAUCAGAGGGAAGAGCACAAGGUGCGGAUUCUCGACCGCUGUGCCAAGCUUAUAACGAUCGACACCAUCGAAGAAUCGAACACUGUGGGUAAUUUCAAGGCUCUUCCGAAAUUGAUCGAACUUGGUAUGCCAAUGGAUGCGAAGGCGCAUAACCUCAUUAUUGAGCGAGCAAUUUCCUUGAACGUGCCCGAUGUUGCUUGGGAAGUCUUCCGAUUUAUGGAAGCAAAGCAUAUCCACGUUGACGAACGAAGCCACCUUUUCUUGCUCAAAGAUAGUUUUGAGCGUCAGAAUCGGGAAAAGCUGGAUGAGAUUAUGUCUGCCAUCCACCAGCGCGAAGAUCUCUACAAGUACCCAUACUUGGUAACGUACAUGAUGCAUAUCGUCAGGGUUGUUUGCACAAUCGACCGCAAAUUACCCGCUGGGAUAUCGGUAUCACAUCUACUCGCGAUCUACGACAGAGCCUACGACCGGACACCACUUGUCAAGCUUGGUAUUGUGAACCCUCUCCCAGUCGACGAGUCUGCCCCCAAGAAGCUCGAUGAACCUCCGCCUGUGGUCCUCGGGUUUACCAUCUGGGCCUACGUUCUCUGCCAACGAGACGAGCGACUUGUCUCAGCAUUAUGGUAUUGGAUCAUCCACAUGAUCAAACAGCAGGACCCGAGUAUUCUCGAGUGCGCGAAGCAUGAUAUCAUGUACAAUGGAUUCAUCCACUUCUAUGCCCGCAGCCGAUUCUUCCUGAGAAAAGCGGUGGACGUGGUGGAAGCCAUGAUAGAACGCAAUUUGUGUGCACCAAGCGAGCGAACGUGGAGCGAAGUCCUAUGCGGCUUCUUGCAACACGGUGAAGAAGAGGCUGCGGAGAAAAUUUGGCGGAUGAUGCUGGCUCGUGAUGUCCGGCCGACCGAGGAGGGUUAUGCAUUUCUCCUGGGGAAGUACGAUGAGAGUCAGCUUGCCAAGCUGGUCAGAUAUGUCUUGGACGAAAGACGAAUUCCUGAUGGGCUCGACAUGGCUCUCAAAUGGAAAGAAGAUGUUGAUCCCACUUCGCAAGCUGCAGAAGGGGAAGAUCUCGACACUCAUCGAACAAUCUUGGACACCGAGCGGGUUGUUGAGGGAGACGGGAUUUUUGAGGGCUAUGGAUUCAGGGAUGCUAUUGGAGAGUCUACACUCGACGGCGGCAACAUGUAUCAAUAA